AUGGCCGACAAUCUGGGGAAGAAAGAGCGGAGAAAAAGCCUGAGCAUGUUCAGUCCGUCGGCAAACUCGCCCCUAUCCGGUCCUCCAGCCCAUGAUCGAUCUCCGUCGGACGACGCCAAUGUGCUAAAGAAAAAGCCCCGACGCAAUUCCGGCUUCUUUGGCCGCAAUGCUAGCCCGCCCAGGAAUCCUGGCCCUCGCCGCCCCGGAACCGCCGACUCCGAAUCCACCUGUAUCGCUUCCAUGGCGAUGCCUCCCCCGGAGGCCCGACCUCGACGCAAAUCGAUGCAGAAGAAGCGUGCCUCCGUCUUCGGGUCGCUGCGGUCGCUGCACUCCCUCGACGAUGACGACCCGUCGCUGGGGCGCUCCAAGGGGUCGUCCGUCGACGACGACGAUGUCGACCAGCGCCAGGGCAUCGGCUCCAUGAUCCUACAUCAUGGCGAGAUCCAGACGACGGGAGGCAUGUGGAGGAAGAAAAGCCAGUACUUGGUCCUGACCGACACCCAUCUCGUCCGAUUCAAGAACCAGGCCAAGGCCGCCGACAUGUACCCUUCGAUCCCACCUUCCUUUGCCCGCGCGGCGGGGAACCGCCAAUCCAUCGCGUCGAUUAGUUCGCUGCAGGAUCCGCUUUCCGCCCCGGCGGACGCCUCCGCCGGCAUUCCGCUCAACAGCAUCGUCGCCGUGUACAUGCUAGACGAUGGCCGGCCCUCGUCGACGGUGGAGGUCGCCUACCUGGACGAACGCACCCAAAAGACGACCUUCAUCCAGAUGCAGACCCCCGACUUUCAGGAGCUGAGCUUGUGGAUGGUGGGAAUCCGCUCGGCAGCGGAACUGAUCCGGCAGGCCGAACCUCUCCCCUUUGAUCGGAGGUCCGUGGAAUGCGUCGUCAGGAUGCUGGAGUACGAACGAGACUACGACCCCGAAACGUUUCGCAUGUUCCGCGUUAUUCAAAUGGCUUCGAGCAAGUCCCCGACGCGGGCUUCGUCGGAGGAUCUCACCAAGCUCUCCCCCACCGGCUGCUAUCUCGCAUUGGGCUCCCACAAGCUGCACCUCAUCCCCCUGCACAAGGUUGGCAACCGCAAUUCGGUGGUGUCGCUGACAGAUCUCGACACCGCCACCUCGUUCGGACUGAUGAACCUCACCUGUUUGUCCAUGGAAUGGGGAGACGACAGCCUACAUCUGACAUUUCGGGUUCCUCUUCGCAAAUCGUUUUCGGUGUUCCUGGCUUCCGUACAUUCCCUCGAAAUCGCCUUCUGGAUAAGGCAGCAGACGGAAUUCCUGCGACCUCUCUGGAUCCGACAGCCGUACGAAUUCAUCGUGCCUCGCGAUUUUGACAACGAAUGCAACUUCCCGCCGGUGGACUUGGAGGAGGACUACGGAUGUUUCGAUCGGACCCUUGUCGCCUACUCGGCCAGCUUCGAUAUCGACACCUCCAACAUCCGGUAUACGAUCGAUGUGCAAUGCGAGGAUGCCCCCUGCUUUCGACUGCUGCCUCCGGCAACGUCGCGCCGCCAGAAAUACUCCGCCCUGGAAUUGAUCGCGGUGAUGCGCGCCCUCCGAUACAACGAAUCGUUCCGCACCAUUUCGUUCAGCGGCGUGUGUUUGGACGCGCUUCAAGGCGUCCACGAUCUGCACGGAUUUGACACGGACAUGCUUCUCAGUCGCGCCGGCGCCCCGAUCCACAUCACCGGCCAGGAAAACCUGUCGGUCCUCUCGCAGGAAGUUCGCGCCCUGACGCUCAAGAGCAAAUGGCUUCGACGCCUCGACUUUUCCUACACUCUGAGCCGCACUCCCAAAUCCGACAGCGAAAGCCAUGAUCCCGGCUGCGGGAUCCCCGAGGCCAUCUUCCCCAUCUGUCGCCGGGAGUUGACGAGUGUGGAUUGGAUCGUUCUCAAUGGCAUCAAACUGGGAGACUCCGACCUCGAUUACCUGGUCGAUGCGGCCUCCCAGCGCGGCAGCCAUCUCCGGGCGUUGGAAGUCGGCAACUGCGGCCUGUCCGUUCACGAUCUCGAUCUGCUGCUUUCCACCACCGUCAGUCAGGCAUCGACGCUGGAGGCGGUCAACAUCUCCGGCGUCCAGGGUCGAUUAAACCCUGAUUUACUGCAGCAGUACCUGGGCUACUUCGGCCAGAUCAGGAAGCUGGACCUCUCCCGAAUAUCCCGGAUGUCGGGCCCGGAACCGUUGAUUACCGCGGAGACCCUGUUCAACUGGCGCCUCGAGGAGCUGUCAUUGAGUCGCACCGCAGUGAACAGGGAGACCGUCGACUCGAUCGCCACUUACCUGGCCAGCGAACGCUCCCGAAAUCUCCGCGUCCUCAAACUCGACCAGUGCGGGCUGAGCGGUCAAGAUGUCGCCAUUUUCCUGCACUCCAUCGCCGCCCUGGAGAAGUCGCGCAACUUCCACCUCCACGUGAACGAGAACCGACUUGACCAGGGCUGUUCGUAUCUUUUCAGCGCCAUCGCCCGAGACAACACGCCGUCGCAUUUGUCGAUGCGGAUGAUUGAUUUCAAGAAGGAGGAGCAAUUCCAGGAACUGGCGGAAGCGUUGCGCAAAAAUCGAACCUUGAAGUACCUCGACAUCUCGAAGGCGUCGCUCCCGUAUGAUGCAGGUCCCGAGACCUGCAAGUCUCUGCAGCGGAUGUUCGAAGAGAACGAGACGCUAGAGGAUCUGGACAUCAGCGGGGAAAGCGCCCACCUGGAUGUCGCGCGAUUUGGCAUUGGUCUCAACCUGGCACUGACUGGUCUGAAAAAGAACAAGUCGCUGAAAGUGCUGAAGAUUGAGCACCAAAAACUUGGGUUGCAGGGUGCGAACACCCUGGCAUCUGUGCUGGAGGAGAACACCUGCCUCCGGGAGGUGCAUUGUGAAAACAAUGACAUCAAUCUCCAGUCGUUUACGGUCCUGAUCAAUGGCCUCCAGCGGAACGAGUCGCUUCUGAGCCUCUCCUACAUGGAUCGAGACCGCACUAAGUCGCUCGACAAGGUGCGCCGCGAAAUCGAAAGCGUCAAGCGGGACCUGAGUGCUCAACAAGGGUCCACCACGAGCUCCCUUCGCCGCUCGUUGCACGCCGCCAUGAAUGUGAAAGGUGUGACCGGCGGGAAUAAGCUGGGGAAAGGCUCACAUGGCCCUGGCCAGCUGCGAUCGGGGGUCUCAGUACCCUCGAAUCUGGCUUCAUCCGCCGAGGCCUCGCCGUUAUUGACUUAUGACAUCGAGGUGAUCCUGGAAUCCCUAGGCCGGAAGUGGGACGUCGAGGUUGCUCGUCUUCGUCGGUAUCUUUUCCGAAACUACAACGUGGCCCAUGGCAUAGAGGAUGACACUCCGAUCCCUAAGGGUGACGAUACUUCCAGCGACGGACGCCCUGCCACCGCCACGAGUCUUGGGACGAUGCUGGACGGUCUCAAACUCGAUGUCGCCGUGUCUACCAAUGAGAUUCCGACGAUGACGACGAAGAAACCAACGCCCAUCAACACCAAAACGCAGCCCUCACCUGACCUGAGUCCUACCGAAAUGCCUCCAACCAGUAAGAAGAAUCACUUGGAGAUCUUCCAAUGCCUUGAUGCGGACGGCAGUCUAGAGGCCGAACUCCAGAAACGACCGCAAACGGCACCUUUCUCAUUCCCUGAAUUUGCCCCUGGGCCACAAAUCCUGCCGCCGGAGUAUGGGGGCUCGACCGCUGGUUCUUCGCGCCUGGCCGUGCCAGUUCCGGCCAUCCCGUCAAUUGUCAACAAAUCUAGCAGCGUCCGCAGCGCUCGCAGCUCCAGUACCGCUUCUACUAGUGCCGGCACGGCCUCGAGUGCCCGCAGUGCAUACGGAACAGCGUCGUCGGCUCUACGAGGCUUUCUGAGCGGAAGUGCGUCGAAGGAGCGCCGCAGAAUGGAGAAGAUGAACUCCGGAGCCGUGUGCGUCUCAAACGACCGACCCCCGAAGCUGGAAUGGGCGCCACCUCAUCUCGAUCUGGGCGAUUUUCGCUAG